UAAAAAUUAGAAGAGGUCUAGGGUUUUCUUCCUAAUUAUUACUUAUAGACAGACUGGGCCACUUCUUUUUCUCCUUUUAUAAAGCCGUUAGACCUGACCCAAAAGUGGGGUUUUCUAAUUCGUGCUUUUCUGCAACUUUUCUCUCGACGCUGUUCGUAGCCUUAGGGUUUCUAAAUCAGAAUCGAUUACAAAACUAGAUUAAUCUGAUUAAUUUUUUUUCUUGGAGAUUACCGGAAACUAUAUUGGUAUAAUUGAAAGUAUAAUUUUUUUUUUUUUUUUGUUUUUUGUUUUUUGUGAGAAAGAGUUUUUGAUAUGAGAAUGAAUAUGAAGCGGUCGAGGAUAUCGAAGAGAGUUUCGUGGGCUCCUGGAGUUAAUCUUUGUCAGGUAAAACUGUUCUCAUGUGAUGAUUGCCCUUUAAAAGUUGGCAUGAUAUCUAAAGAUCAUCUUGAAGCAAAGUCAUCAAAGAUGUUGCAUUCAAACACUAUGGGAUCUGAUGGUCUUCCCCCCGGCUUUGAAAAUGGUUUUGUUGCUGUUAGCCAAUCACGGACGGAACUUCCCCUCAUCCCUCAGAUUCAAUGGAAAUGCCCUCCCAAGAUUGUUAUGAGUAACAACUGGCAAGUCGCUUCGGGUGAGGAGAGUGAGGAGGUCAAACAUCAAAAGUCAAGAGAGCUUGGAGUGCUUGAAGCGGUUUUUCCGCGUUUUUCUGCCAUUCCUCCUAGCCCUGCUGUUUCUUUGGACGUACAAAAUGAAAAUUACAAUGAUAGCUGCACUCCUCUUGUCCCCAUUAUUCCUAUUGAAGAAGAGGAAUCAAUAUACACACCAUAUAUACCAGCACCAGUAAACACCACCACAAGCUCUCAGCCACUAGACUUGUCUGGAAGUCGGUUGCGAUCUGAAAUGCUUAACACUGCAAAUUGCAACUCUUCUGCUCCAGAACCACUUUCCAGUGCACAACCUGCAUUAGGAAAGUUGUUGCCUGGUCUAGGUGCAGAUGCAGUUGCUAGUGCUUCUGCUGCCUUGGCUGUUGUCAACACAGUUGGCCAGAAUGGAAGCAUGAUCGAUACUGAUUUGCUCAUUAAAAUCUUAGCAGAUCCAAAAAUGAUCCAGAAAUUGAUAUCGGAAGGACCACCAGCCGGUACAGGAAGUGCACCUAAAAGUAUGGUGAGUCCACACAUAACCGGGACAAACACGGUAACUCAAUCAGCUCCCAUGUCCUUUCCUACCAUACCAGAUAAUAGAGUCCAAACAGUUUUGAAUACAGUUCCUUUUCAACCAGACACUCUUCCAGUGUCCGGGUUUAACCGAACAACACCAUCAUCAGUUCCCGCACCCAUUCUUGAAUCACACCGGCAACUGAUGCCUGGUCUGCCAAAUGGUAACUUGUUUGCCAUACCAAAUCGGGUGAGAUCUUCUGCAAAGACUGUGAGUGUUAAACCAAAUACAGCUCCAAUAGCGACAUUGACCAAGGAUGCGAACUACUAUAAGAACUUGAUUAGAGCACAUGGUGGAGAAAAGGACAAAACAGAGGAAUCCAUAUUUUCACGAAAGAGAAAUCACCAUAAUGACUUUCAAGAAUUGAAACUGGAUCAAAAUGUUAGACAAGGGGAAUUAAAACUGAAGAAUGCAAAACCGUGCAUAUACUUUAAAACCACUAAAGGAUGUAGAAAUGGUAUCAAUUGUCCGUUCCAACAUGAUAUGCCGAUUCAGUGGCGGACUGGUAGUUUAAUUGAGGCACACGGUGCAAAGAGAAUGAGAUUAGGCGGGGAGACUGCGGGGAGAUUUCUGCUUUGAAAAUCUUAGUAGGCUGUAAAUGAUGAUGAAAAUCAACUAGAUUUCGAGCCAUUAACAUUCAUUAGAUUUUUUUUUUUUCGGUUUUUCCAUAAAAGAAAAACUUUAAAAAAAAAAAAAAACAAAAAAAGACAGCUUUUAGUUGUAACGAGUAUGCAUGGAAAAGGGCUGAAUGUAAAAAAUUUGAAGGAAAUUUUUUAUUUUUUUUUUGCCCUU